GAGGCCUGGCGCCACCCCCAUUCCUGCCACUGGGUCUCAGGUCAGGCCCCAGCAAGUCUAGAGUAGGGGUGUGGAGACAGAGCCACCCAAUCCCGUAGAGACAGGUUUCACAACUUCCCGGAUGGGGCUGUGGUGGGUCACAGUGCAGCCUCCAGCCAGGAGGAUGGGGUGGCUCCCACUCCUGCUGCUUCUGACGGGGUUCUCAGGGGCCCCUGGGCAGCGCUCGCCCUUGAAUGACUUCCAGGUGCUCUGGGGUACGGAGCUGCAACACCUGCUACACGCAGUGGGGCCCAGGCCUUGGCAAGAGGAUGUGGCAAAUGCUGAGGAAUGUGCAGGGCUUUGUGGGCCCCUACUGGACUGCAGGGCCUUCCACUACAAUGUGAGCAGCCAUGGUUGCCAGUUGCUGCCAUGGACCCAGCACUCACCACAUACACGGCUGCAGCGUUCCAGGCGCUGUGAUCUCUUCCAAAAGAAAAUCUAUGUUCGGACUUGCAUCAUGGACAAUGGGGUCGAGUACCGGGGCACCGUGGCCAUCACCAUGGGUGGCCUACCCUGCCAGCGCUGGAGCCACAGGUUCCCCAACGACCACAAGUGAGACAGACUGCAGCUCCCCUCUAUCCCUGCCGGCCUGGCGCCUGCCCCCACUACGCUGUAUUGCUACUCUCACAGGUACACUCCCACACUUCGAAAUGGCUUGGAGGACAACUUCUGCCGCAACCCGGAUAGGGACCCCGGAGGUCCCUGGUGCUACACAACAGACCCUGCCGUGCGCUUCCAGAGCUGCGGCAUUAAGUCCUGCCGGCAGGCCGCUUGCCUUUGGUGCAAUGGCGAGGAUUACCGCGGCUCAGUGGACCUCACGGAGUCAGGACGCGAGUGUCAGCGCUGGGACCUGCAGCACCCGCACCCUCACCCCUUCGAGCCCCGCAAGUUCCUGGACAAAAGUCUGGACGACAACUAUUGCCGGAAUCCGGACGGCUCGGAGCGGCCCUGGUGCUAUACCGCGGACCCGCAGAUGAAACGAGAGUUCUGCGACCUCCCCCGCUGCGGGUCCGAGGCACAGCCGCGCCGGGAGGCCACGACGCUCAAUUGCUUCCGCGGGAAAGGCGAGGGCUACCGGGGCACGGUCAACACCACCGCCGCGGGCGUGCCCUGCCAGCGUUGGGACGCGCAGCAUCCGCAUCAGCAUCGCUUUGCGCCGGAAAAGUAUGCGUGCAAGGACCUUCGGGAGAACUUCUGUCGGAACCCCGACGGAUCGGAGGCGCCCUGGUGCUUCACAUCGCGGCCUGGCAUGCGCGUGGCCUUCUGCUACCAGAUCCGGCGCUGCACCGACGACGUGCGGCCCGAAGACUGCUACCACGGCGCGGGGGAACUGUACCGCGGCUCAGUCAGCAAGACCCGAAAGGGCGUCCGAUGUCAGCACUGGUCCGCGGGGACGCCGCACAAGCCCCAGUUCACGCCCACCUCCGCCCCACACGCACCACUGGAGGAGAACUUCUGCAGGAACCCAGACGGGGAUAGUCACGGGCCCUGGUGCUACACCACAGAUCCGGGGACUACGUUCGACUACUGUGCACUGCGGGGCUGCGAUGAUGACCAACGGCCCUCCAUCCUGGAGCCCCCAGACCAGGUGCUGUUUGAGAAGUGUGGCAAGAGAGUGACCCGCCUGGACCCAUGGCGCUCCAAGCUGCGCGUGGUGGGCGGUCAGCCUGGGAACUCACCCUGGACAGUCAGCUUGCGCAACCGGCAGGGCCAGCACUUCUGCGGAGGCUCCCUAGUGAAGGAGCAGUGGGUUCUGACUGCCCGGCAGUGCUUCUCCUCUUGCCAUGGGCCUCUCACUGGCUAUGAGGUGUGGCUAGGCACCCUGUUCCAGGACCCACAGCCCGGGGAGCCAGGCCUGCAGCGCAUCUCAAUGGCCAAGAUGGUCUGCGGGCCCUCUGGCUCCCAGCUUGUUCUGCUCAAGCUGGAGAGACCUGUGACCCUGAACCAGCGUGUGGCCCUGAUCUGCCUGCCCCCUGAGUGGUAUGUGGUGCCUCCAGGCACCAAGUGUGAGAUCGCAGGCUGGGGCGAGACCAAAGGUACAGGGGACAACACGGUCCUGAACAUAGCCUCCCUCAAUGUCAUCUCCAACCGGGAAUGUAACAUCAAGCACCGAGGUCGCGUACGCGAGAGUGAGAUGUGCACUGAAGGACUGUUGGCCCCUGCUGGAGCCUGUGAGGGUGACUACGGGGGCCCACUUGCCUGCUUUACUCACGACUGCUGGGUCCUGGAGGGAAUUAUAAUCCCCAACCGAGUGUGCGCACGGCCCCGCUGGCCAUCCAUCUUCAUGCGUGUCUCUGUGUUUGUGGACUGGAUUCACAAGGUCAUGAGGCUGGGCUAGUCCCAGCCUCAAUCCUGUGGGCCUCGGGGAGGACGAAGCUUUCUGUCAGACAUAA